CUGGCUGGCUCACCUUACACCCACUCAAAUGACACAUGACACUGCAGAGUCCGGCCCGCUGCCAUGGAACCAGCGUACCGGGGUCUGGGUCGCUGUAUUUGUUGUUUCUGGCUCGCCGUGGCCUUCGACGUCGUCGGACUGCUCGUCCUUCUCAUCGGGGUGUUCGUGAACGUCUUUUUCUACGACUUGCUCAUUUACGCCGGCGCUAUUGUCAUCUUUCUCAGCCUCGUGUGGUGGGUGUUUUGGUACUCGGGCAACAUCGAGGUGCUUGCCUCCGAACUUGAGGAUGACGUAGGUCUAACAAAGAAGGACAAGAGCGGCAUUGGCGGUGCGGUCCGGCGGCUCUCCAAUCGCCUGGCCGGCAGCAUCAGGAACUCGCUGCGCAGGAACGGAGGAGUAGCAGCCGGUAGCCUCGGCCGGCAGGGAGGAGAGCGAGGGUCGGCUGCAGAUGCGGCUGUGGCCCCGCACUUGGAGCAGGUGGUCGUUGCCCUGGCAACUUUGAAGCCAAUUGAUCGAACUUUACAGAAGUAUGAUGCGGAGAUGCCGACCACAGCUACAGAGACCUCACCCACGUAAUGGAAGAGACUUUGUGAAUUCAACGCUGACCUGAGGAGAGUCUCCAAAUGCUUUUUUCAACGGGGGAUGAUUGAUUCAUUUUUAAUUUAAUUUUUCUUCUUUAUUAUUGUUUUUCAACAUCCAACACCAUGUUGAAUCAAGAAGCAAGCAAGUGGACGUGGCUUAUGAAUAUUCGUUUGUAACAUAUGUCUAGAUGGGAAUGAAUGAUUUGUAUUUUGAAUAAAAAUGUUUUUUUUUGUUGUUGUUGUUUUUUUAAAAUAAUUAAUACUUUAUGCAUUUAGUUGAAUUUAUUUUAAAAUUCAUUUAAUUCCAGUCUAAAAACUAAGCUUUUUUCAAUCUGCACACUGACUUUUUAUUUUUUCUAAAUGGAAUCCCUAAUUGUUUUUUUUUCCGAGUGUGUUUUAAAGGUGACCUUGAGUGCCAUACAACUUUAAGAAAAUGCUAUAAUUCUAAAUAGCUUGGUCCAUUUUACCUAAAUUGCUUGUGUCACAUUAAUGUGACACCACUAAAAAUACAACGAAAAGAAUAAACAAUGCUCAUCAUGUACUGUAGAAAUAUUUGUCAUUUCAUUGUUGAACCAUUCUGUUGUUUUCCAGACUGCUGUAUGUAGUUUGCUAUUGUGGUUGUAGUUUACAGUG